CCCUAUUUUCGGGAAUGUGGUCGACGCUUGACAGGAAAGGUUAGUUGAUCAAGAAGUCUCAACCACGGUUUGUACCGCUGUGAAGAGAAGUUUGUUUUGGACACAAUUCUCGUGAGAUAAACCUUCUGCUGCCAGAGAGGAUUUUUGAGUUAAAUAACGAGCGCUUUACGUCAACAAAAUAUCAAGAGGAAGUGUUCAAACGUCUGUAAUGAUCGAAAUUAAACGGAAGUAGCUUUGCCAGUCGAGUGUCUGGAUGCCAGAACUUGCAGUCAUGGAGCUGGGCAGGCAACUGUGUGGGAAGAUGAAAAAACAGAGGAAGGCAGAGAUGACCGUUCUGACUGUAAUGAAAGGACUGGAAAUCCACUUCUACCUGCCUGACACACACCAGCUCAAGUACUUCAAAGACUGCCAUACUGCGGAAGACCUGUGCGUUGAGGCUGCCAGGAGAUGCCACAUCUCACCUUUGUGUCACAACUUGUUUGCAUUGUAUGAAGAGAGCCAGGAUCUUUGGUAUGCUCCCAAUCAUGUGUUUAAGAUCACGGAGGAGACCAGCAUCAAACUUCAUUACCGUAUGAGGUUUUAUUUCACAAACUGGCAUGGCACUAGUGAGACAGAAUCUCCAGUUUGGAGACACUCACUUUGCAAGCAGAAAGGGGUUGUAGUCUCUCAGAAGGGCCCUGAGGGGACACCUCUACUGGAUGCUGCAUCUCUUGACUACCUGUUUGCACAGGGCCAGUAUGACUUUCUGAGGGGACUUGCCCCAGUGCGCACUCCCCAGAGUGAGUUAGAGCAUCAUGAGAUUGAGAACGAGUGUUUGGGGAUGGCUGUUUUGGCCAUUACCCAUCAUGCCAAGAGCAAUAAUCUGCCUUCAUCUGGAGCUGGAGCUGGAGCUGAGACAAGCUACAAGCGUUUCAUUCCGGACAGUCUGAACCGGACCAUUAAGCAGCGUAACUUCCUCACACGCAUACGCAUUAGCAACGUUUUCAAAAAUUUCCUCAAUGAGUUCAAUAGCAAGACCAUCCAGGACAGCAACAUAACCCUCUAUGACCUGAAGGUCAAGUAUCUCUCCACUCUUGAAACACUGACCCAGGGCCUGGGUCGGGAGACUAUUGAGCCCAAGAGCCUGAAAGUAUCAGCUGAGAGUGAGAGAUUUCUGGCCCACACACUUCCUUUGGGGGAUGAGGGACUGGGCUAUGAAGUGCAAGUGUCCGGAACCACUGGGAUCUCCUGGAGGAGAAAGCCUGUACCAAAUCUUCUGACAGUGAAAGACAAAACCAAAUCUAAAAAGAACAAGGCUGACAGCAGGCAGAAGAAUGACAAAAGGAAAGACAGUGGAUGGACACUUUUCUCUGACUUUUACGAAAUCACCCACAUCGUCAUUAAGGAGUCUUGUGUCACAAUUUACAGACAAGACAAUAAAACCAUGGAGUUGGACCUGUUUUAUCGUGAUGCAGCUUUGUCCUUUGCUGCACUGGUUGACGGUUACUUCAGAUUGACUGUAGAUGCUCAUCAUUACCUGUGCACUGAAGUCGCACCCUCAUCAGUGGUCCAGAAUUUAGAAAAUGGCUGUCAUGGACCUAUCUGCACAGAGUAUGCUAUUCAUAAACUUCGUCAGGAGGGAAAUGAAGAAGGAACCUAUGUCCUGCGCUGGAGCUGCACAGACUAUAACUACAUCAUCAUGACUGUUGUCUGCAUUGAGAUGGACCUAUGUGAAUCCAGGCCUAUUCCCCAGUAUAAGAACUUCCAAAUUGAAUUUAGUUCACAAGGUUACAGACUGUAUGGGACAGAUACAUUCAGGGCCACACUAAAGGAGCUUUUGGAGCACCUACAGGGCCAGAACCUGCGCACAGAGAACCUGCGCUUCCAGCUGCGCCGCUGCUGCCCACCACAACCCAGAGAAAUUUCCAACCUAUUAGUGAUGACCAGAGACCGAGAGCCCACCUCACAGAGACAACCUCAAGUCAGCCAGCUGAGUUUCCACCGCAUCCUUAAGGAGGAGAUUGUACAGGGUGAGCAUUUGGGUAGGGGCACGAGGACCAACAUCUAUGCUGGUGUUCUAAAGCUGAAGAGUGAGGAUGAUGAUGACAUGGGAGGAUACUCACAGGAGGUGAAAGUGGUUUUGAAAGUGUUGGGCUCUGGACAUCGAGAUAUCUCUCUGGCUUUCUUUGAGACAGCUAGCAUGAUGCGCCAGAUCUCUCAUAAACACAUCGCCCUGCUGUACGGAGUGUGUGUUCGCCAUCAGGAGAAUAUCAUGGUGGAGGAGUUUGUUCAGUAUGGUCCUCUGGAUCUGUUCAUGCGCAGACAGAGCACACCUCUCAGCACCGCUUGGAAGUUCCAGGUUGCUAAACAGUUGGCUAGUGCCCUCAGCUAUCUGGAGGACAAGAAGCUGGUUCAUGGUUAUGUGUGCAGUAAGAACAUUCUGGUGGCUCGAGAUGGUUUGGAUGGAGAGGGAGGACCCUUCAUCAAGCUGAGUGAUGCUGGCAUACCCAUUACUGUCCUGAGCAAAGAAGAGUGUGUGGACAGGAUUCCUUGGAUUGCUCCCGAAUGUGUACAGGACACGGCUAAUCUAAGCAUAGCAGCGGAUAAGUGGGGCUUUGGGACAACUCUGUGGGAGAUCUGUUACAACGGAGAGAUACCUCUCAAAGAUAAAAAGCUCACAGAGAAGGAGAGGUUUUACGCAGCGCAGUGUCAGUUGGCCUCACCUGACUGUGAGGAGCUGGCCAAACUCAUGACCCACUGUAUGACCUACGACCCUCGCCAGAGACUCUUCUUCAGGGCCAUCGUCAGAGACAUUGACAUGGUGGAGAAACAGAAUCCUUCCAUUCAACCUGUUCCCAUGCUAGAGGUGGACCCUACAGUGUUUGAGAAGAGGUUCCUCAAAAAGAUCAGAGAUCUUGGAGAGGGUCACUUUGGAAAGGUGGAGUUGUGCAGGUAUGAUCCGCGCGGAGAUCGGACCGGAGAGCUGGUGGCUGUGAAAUCUCUAAAGCCAGAGAACCGAGAAGAGCAGAGCAGUAACCUGUGGUGUGAGAUUCACAUUCUGAGAGAACUUUACCACGAGAACAUUGUCAAAUAUAAGGGCAUCUGCCAAGAAGAAGGUGGGAGAUCUAUUAAGCUCAUCAUGGAGUUUUUACCGGCAGGCAGUCUGAAGGAAUACCUCCCCAGAAACAAAGCUCACAUUGACCUUAAAACCCUGCUCAACUAUGCUGUACAGAUCUGCCAGGGCAUGGACUACUUGGGCUCUCGCAACUACAUCCACAGAGACCUGGCGGCCCGGAAUGUUCUGGUGGAGAAUGAAAACACGGUAAAGAUCGGCGACUUCGGCCUGACCAAAAGCAUUAAGGAUAACGAGGGUUAUUACACUGUGAAAGAUGAUCUGGACAGUCCAGUGUUCUGGUAUGCUCCAGAGUGCCUGAUCCACUGCAAAUUCUACAGGGCGUCUGACGUCUGGUCUUUUGGAGUGACCCUGUAUGAGCUGCUCACAUACUGUGAUACCUCUUGCAGCCCUAUGCCAGUGUUCCUUAAGAUGAUUGGUCCAACACAAGGCCAGAUGACUGUUACACGAUUGGUCAAAGCCCUGGAGGAGGGAAAGAGACUUCCAAAACCAGACAGCUGCUCAGACAGGUUGUACGGUCUGAUGAGGAGAUGCUGGGAGGCGACACCUGAAAAACGGAUCGACUUCAAAGGCCUGAUUGACAACUUUCAGCAGAUGCUUGAGAAUCAGUAACUAUGGAAAUAAGACGGGACGCAGACUCCACCUCUUUUGCAAGAGAAAGUUCCAGAGAGGCAAAAUGAAAAAAAAAAACAAAAAAAACAAACAAACCUAUAACUGUGCAGUGUAGCACUCUUUCAAUAUACUCUCCUUCCCUCAUGUUAUGAGCUCGUAUAUAAACUGCAGACCUUUUGAAAUAGCCACAAAGAAAGCGCUAGAACCACUGAAGCAGACCGUAGACGCUAUCUGGACUCUCUCUCUGAAUAUGCAAAUAUGUAACUGCCAGUCUCGAGUCUCUCAUUUUUCUCUUCAAGUUCAAAUGCAAGCCGGAUUGGUGCAAAAGGUGAAUUUUGACUCGUGAUACUCUCAGCUUCAUACUGUGCCUCAGCAGCCACCGUGAUGCAUGUUUGAAUAACCCAUCGUUUCCCAAGGUGCAUUACAGCAUGCGCUGUAUGGAUUCUGUCCAUCAUUUGCAAUGACUGAACCCUGUUCUUUGGAAGACGAGGAAAGUGUCAGAAUGUAGAUUUAUAUGUGUGGUCGAGGGUUUGGAGCUUUGAUGAGUGGAUGUCGAGUGGAGUGUGCCCCUUCUCUUGAGACAAUUGACGUGCAAAGUAUGCUAAGACUGUAGGUUUGUCUGACUUGGAGCGGACAGCUUUCCUCCUUGGAAAUUCCAUACGUGCUGGAUUACCGGAGAACUUUGAAACCGCAUACGCUGGUCAAGAUGCACUAUGCUGCCGCAUUAUCAUAACUGCACUUCUCUGAGCUUCACAAUUGCCACAGAAAACUAAAGAGGAUGAUUCUGAGAACAUGAGUUUAAGUAAAUGCUUAAAAUGGGCACUAGGGGGCAGCAGAGCAUAUGAAAUAUCAAAAAAAAAAAACAAAAAAAAAAGAUUUUAUGCUGUGCAAAUUAUAUUCCAGACUUGCUAACUUUCCAAAACUGAAUUAACCGUGUAAGGAGAAUACCUUAGUAUUUUAUUUGUUCCUUUUUCUUUUUUAUCAAAAUUUAAUUCAAAAAAUAAAACGUUUCUCUCUGAGA